CAUAUGCCAAGAAAAAAAAAAAAAGUCCCUAGGAUUCGCCGACUUGGGACGCAUUUAUUUCGAAUCAUCCCAUCUCUCUCUCACUCGCCAUUUCCUUUCCCUCUCUCUAAAAAUAAAACCUAUACAUACAUGACAUUCUGUCUCUAUAAUGUUUCUAUUUGACCGGUCAAUGCUCUGCUUAAAAACCCAUCUCAGCUUGUAUAUUUUUGGAUUAGUGAAUAUGUUGGUUGAUUAAUUAUUUUUAAGAAUGGGGAUCGAGGCAAUGAAAGAAUUAUCAUGGUUUAGUCCUAUUUGGAGGUCCUCACGGAAGUCGACAGCCUUGGACCCAGAAAGGCCCGUUAUUGGAAUAAUGUCAUUUGAAGUCUCCAGAUUGAUGACUAAAGUAGCUAAUAUAUGGCAGUGUCUGAGCGAUAAUAAAAUGUCACGAUUACGAGAAGAGCUCACUAACUCCCUUGGGACACGAAAGCUCGUUUCAGACGAUUAUGGUUAUCUCAUGCAGCUUGCAUUGAUUGAGAUUGUUGAUAAUAUUAAGUGUGUUGCAGAAGCAGUUGCUAGGCUUGGGAAAAAGUGCACAGAUCCAGUCUAUCGUAAUCUUGAACACAUUUUCGAUAACCCCUUGAAGAUUGAUAUAAAUUGGUGUGGUUGGGAGUAUAAGCUAAAGAAAAUGGAGAAACGGGUUAAAAAGAUGCAGAGAUUUGCUGCGGUUAAUUCACAAUUAUGUGAAGAGCUUGAAGUAUUGUGUGAGCUUGAAAACGGGCUGAAAAGAAUGCAAGAUAGUAAUGCAAAUCAAAUGAAAUUGAAUGAAUUUGAAAAGAAAGUUUUGUGGCAACGUGAAGAAGUUGCUGGUUUGCGUGAAAUGUCUACCUGGGUUCGAUCUUAUGAUUACAUUGUAAGGUUACUUCUUAGAUCUCUUUUCACUAUAAUCCAGCGAGUGAAGGUUCUUUUUGGAAUGUCAACCCAAAUUGGAUCUCCUAAAGUAAGUGAUUACCCAGAAGGUCGCUGUUUUGUUCGCAGUAAUUCCAUUUCUGCCCUUUCUGUUUAUCCCUCUGGAAAUAUUAUUCAGAGGUCGGCGUCAAAUCUUGGAGAUAAACCAAAAAGGAGACUUCAAACUCACUACCCGCGACAAGCCUUUUGUGGGACGCACACCCCCGUGAAAUCAAGAAGUUUGGCUCAAAUUGGACCUCUAAGAAAAUGCAUGACAUCUGAUCUUGAUUCUCCUAAAACCAAUGGUACAAUUCAAUCCGCUUCCGUGUUACUUGAUUCCAAGAAAAGAUUUUCAAAAGGUCAAAAUAGUAAGAAACCAACACUAGGUGAUGCAGCUUUAGCUCUACAUUAUGCGAAGGUGAUCAUAUUUAUCGAGAGAUUAGCCAUCUCACCACACUUAAUUAGUCCCGAAUCACGUGAAGAUUUGUAUCAUAUGCUAACUACAAGUAUCAAGAACUCACUUAGAGAAAAACUCAGUAUAUUCUCUAAAAGUGAUGCUUCAAAGGUAUAUAAUCGUGAUCUUGCACAAAGCUGGAGUUCAUCAAUGCAGAAAAUACUCGAUUGGUUGACACCACUAGCUCAUAACAUGAUAAAAUGGCAUUCUGAGAGAAAUUUUGAGAAGCAACAAAUGGGUUCAGGAGGAAAUGUCCUUUUGGUGAAUACUUUACACUAUGCAGAUCAAGUAAAGAGUGAAGAGGCAAUCACAGAUCUUGUUUUGGCUCUUCAUUACAUUUCAAGAUUUGGUAGAGAAGUUAACGAUAAAGCGUUUAUGGAGUCUGCGUGUGGUACAGAUUGUGAUGAUUAUAUGCUUCAUAACCAUAAGUUAGCUUCACUUGCAUUAUAUGACUAAUUUAGGCCAUAAGUUUUACGUCGUCUUGACAAAAUGGCAUUCGCGCAUCUGGGUAUCUACUUAUCUUGACCACAAAUAACAUAGUUUGUUUCCAGAUGCAUAUAUGUGAUUGUAAAUAACAUUCCAUGUUGCAAGAUGCUUGUGGUUUGUUCAAACAUGUAACGUAUCGUGGCACAUUUGAGCUUUACUUUCAUGCGUAUAUUAUCUCUUUCAAGGUA